AUGCGUCAAGGAGCCUCCGUUUUAUCAUCAUGGAGGUGCCCGCUGCCUGAAAUUGGACGAUCGCGUCAAGAGCAACACCUCCUCCAGAAACUCAGCAACUUAAAGAAACAAGUCAAUCAGACCGAGAAGAUCAUUGAGAUGAGGAAAUGCGAGAAAGACAUGGACAUUAGGAGAGAAGAAACCCAUUUGGAAAUGUUGCGCGAUGAGGCGACUGGCUUAGAAACGGCUAAAAAGCGACGCGAGUUGCAGCACAAAGGCUCUUAUCUCGUGAAGGAACUUGUCAAGCAAAAGAAAGCCAAAAAACCAUCUGAGAAAGUAGAUGAAGUUAGUGAAGGUGCAAGGCAUUUCCUCGAAAUCGGCAAAAGCUCAGCCGUUAUAUUGGAGAAAUAUCACAAGCUGCGGAUGAGAGCGGAAAAUGACAAGAAACAGCUAAGGCCACACAUUCUCGGAGCCAAGCACCUAAACAAGAUUCUGAGAUCAAAGGAGCCAAAGGAAGAGAAAAAGCCUUUGCGAUUGCGAGGAAAAUCCAAAAAGGCCGCUGCACCGAUACGACCCAAACGAGUCAAAAAGGCGAACGUUACUUUUGAUGCUGUUGAGAAUGCAGCCAAAGCCCUUGAAGAGUCCAAUCGUCAGCGGCGCGCCGAAGAAGCAACUGCGGAGGAAAAUGACGAGGAAAUGAAGGAAGAAAAUGAGAAGAAUGAAAAGAAAAACGAGGAACAACGCCAGUCGGAUGGUUGUAUACGGACGCCAUUCAUCACACGAAGUGGACGUACCGUUAUGCUGCCCGAGAAGAAGACGAGAGCAAAGCGAGAACAUAAAGCAGCCCCGGCUCCAAAACAACGCAAAGACACAAUCCACGGUCGUAAAGUCGAAUCAGUGAAGAUCACUCAAGCAAACAUGGUGCCAGGAAAAGUGAAAGAAGUCGCUCGUCAAUUGAAAAACUCCGUCACAACAAAGUUGCCAUCUACCCGAGAAAUGCUUGCCCAGGAAUUAGCAAUAUCGGAUAGUGAAGAUGAAGACAGUAAGGUGCAACUCGAAGCGAUCACAAAUUCGAUUUUGGGCGUCAAAGCAAAAGGAAGGCCAAGAAACCAAGAAAGGCCGCCC